AUGAUCUCCGAUCACAGUGCUUCGGUUGUUUGCUUGAUGGAAACGAAACUUGAUGUUAUCAACCAACUCCUAGUUAAUGAGAUCUGCGGACUAGGUUUCUCAGGGUACCCCUUUCUUUUAGCAUCUGAGACAAGGGGUGGGGUGUUCGUGGCCUGCCACCAGCCGCUAUCCCUUGUUGUUGUACAAGUGUCUCAGUUUUUGGUUAGCGGGCGGGUCUGCACAGAUUCAGGGGCCUCUUUUUUCCUAACAGCUGUGUAUGGCCCUACUGACGAGUCCUUAAAGGAUGCUUUCCUUGACGAGAUCAAGAAUGUUCGUUCGCUGUGGCUGGGGCCUUGGUUGAUCAUUGGUGACUUUAACAUGAUUUCUUCAUCUGCUGAUAAGAACAACAACCGGCUCAAUAGGCGAUCCAUGUCCAGAUUCUGCAAUUUUAUCAAUGAUCUUGAGCUUCAAGACCUGCACUUGUUCGGCCAGCAUUAUACAUGGUCCAAUGAGAGGGCUUCUCCGACCCUGGAGAGGUUGGAUAGAGCAUUGGUCUCCUCGGACUGGGAUGCAGAGUUUCUGGACUCCUUCUUACAAGCGUUGUCUUUGGAUUGCUCCGAUCACUGCCCCCUGUUGCUCUCUACCUCAAUGUAUACUGUGAAGCAAUGGCGGUUCCACUUUGAAUCUAUUUGGAUCAAAAUGCCAGGAUUCCUCUCUGUUGUGCAGCGUGGCUGGAGGUUAAAGUCUGGUGAACUUUCUCUACCUCCUCUCCGCCAGCUGCAUGUCUUACUCAGGCGCACUGCUCUCGAGCUUCAACGUUGGAGCAGUAGACAUAUUGGAAAUAUCAAGGACCAGCUGCUUAUGGCACGUGAGAAUCACAUCUCCUCUCUCGCCACGGCUGAGGGCCCGGUCUCCUCCCACCUGGAGAUGGAAGAGACGUUGUUCAGCCACUUCAGCUCCAUCCUUGGGAUUGCUCCUCCCCAUGACUUCUCCAUUAACCUGCACGAGCUUGGCAUCGCCCCCCUUGACCUACAGGCUCUCGACGCACCUUUUUCUGUGGCGGAGAUUCUGGGGGCGAUUAGAAGAACGCCUCUGAACAAAGCCCCCGAGCCGGAUGGGUUCUCGACGGAGUUCUACCAAGCCACCUGGCCAGUUAUUAGCAACGACAUGACUAUGGCCAUUUGUGCUUUUGCCAUGGGUGAUCGACGGGGCCUUGACCACCUUAACACCGCCUUCAUCACUCUAAUUCCAAAGAAGGAAGGGGCUAUGUCACUAUCAGACUAUCGCCCAAUUAGCCUUAUUCAUAGCAUCGACAAGAUUAUCACCAAGACCUUGGCUCUUCGGCUCGCUCCACGGCUCAACUCUCUCAUCAUGAACUGCCAGAGUGCGUUCAUCUCCAGACGUUCCAUUCAUAACAACUUCAAGUUGGUGCACUCCACUGCACGUCUGCUCAAGAAAUCAAAGAAGCCUAAGGUGCCGUUCAAAUUGGACAUUUCUAAAGCUUUCGAUUUGCAAGGUGAUUUACUCUCCCCUUUCCUUUUCGUGCUGGUCAUGGACACACUAGCCAGUAUCUUCUGGAAGGCGGGUGAGGCUGGUAUCGUUGAUUCCAUGGGACAUAGCUCAAUUGUGCACCACUUCUCUCUUUACGCGGACGACGUUGUUCUUUUCAUGUCGCCAACCUCGCGGGAUAUCCAAGCUCACUUGGCCAUCAUUCAAUUCUUUGGAGCAGUGAGCGGGCUCAAAACAAACUUGGACAAAUGUGCUGCCAUCCCUAUUUGCUGUUCUGAAUCCGACGUUUCUGCUAUCUGUGAGAACCUCACUUGCGGUUUGUCGUCCUUUCCUAUUCAGUAUCUGGGUGUACCUCUUACGGUUGGCCGCCUUCGCAAGAAUCAUCUGCAACCUCUUGUGGACAAGGUGUAUUCUCGAACAAGAUCAACAGGCUGCACCUCCCCGACAACUGAACCGGGACAGCCGGCAGACUGCCAGGGCCUCGGUUCAUCGCCCAGGAGUGCAGUGACUGGCCUGGCCAGAGUCAUGCAGCUGGCGGAAUCGGACAUGGCCUGCAAGGUUGGCACGCCGGCCAAGACCCAGGGUGUCGCUCCACCUAGUCGCUCAGGUGCGGCACACUCAGCACAGCAUGUGGCGCUGGCUGCAGGCAAGAUGGAGGCGAGUAAAACUGCUGCUGCCGGUGCCUUUCUGACGCUGGACAUGGAGAGAUGCAGCGGCAUCCACCUGGCCUCUCGGCGAUUGGAGCUGCUAGCUCUCCCUCAGACCCACUGCAAGCUACAGGGCCAACGCAGCAGACGGGUUACAUGGGGAAGAAUGCGAGAACAUGGUGCCAACACCUAA